UCAUAUUUCCUCCAUUGUCUGCUGGUCCACAGAGUUACACGUGUCAGCUUCAGCAUCCCAUCAUCCAUCAUGUUCGGUGAUCUCAAAUCUGCUGCGGGAGUGAAGGUUUUGAACGAGUAUCUGGCCGAGAACAGUUAUAUCGAGGGGUAUGUUCCCAGCCAGGCUGACACCGCUGUCUUCGAAGCACUAAAGGGAGCUCCUAGCGAGCCCCACGCUCUCAGAUGGUACAAUCACAUCCAGUCAUUCGGAGCUGGCAUGAAGCAGUUCGUAAAGGCAUCUAAGAAUGCCAGUGAAUAUGCUAGCGGAGCUGCGGGUGGUAGUGCUGCAGCUGCCGAUGAUGAUGAUGAUGUUGAUCUAUUCGGAUCUGACGAGGAGGAAGAUGAUGCUGAAAAGAAGAGGAUUACCGAGGAGCGCCUGGCUGCUUACGCCGCUAAGAAGUCCAAGAAGCCUGCGCUUAUUGCCAAGACAUCCGUCCUGUUAGACGUGAAACCCUGGGACGACGAGACUGACAUGUCCAAGAUGCUGGAGAUGGUAAAGUCUGUGGAGAUGGAUGGUCUGGUAUGGGGAGCCAACAAGCUUGUUCCUAUUGGAUACGGUAUCAAUAAGCUCCAGGUUAUGGCUGUUGUCGAGGAUGAGAAGGUUUCUAUCGAAGAACUCUCGGAGAAAAUCGAAUCUUUCGACGACUAUGUACAAUCUGUCGAUGUCGCUGCCAUGAACAAGAUCUAAAUGGUUCAUAUUUUUAUAUUUUAACAAUAAAUAUUAAUCCUUACCA